GUGCUUGGAACCUCCAAAGCCACGGCUGAUCACCCCCCUUUCAUCGAAACUAACGCCAACUAUGCUUAAAAGCGUCUUUUCCCAAUGGUACCCACCAGCUGCCACGUUCACCGAAGAAGAUGUGCUCGAUCAAAGUGGCAAAGUGUUCAUAAUCACCGGUGCUAAUCAGGGCAUCGGGUUUGAACUCACCAAAUCUCUCUAUAAAACGGGCGCAACCAUAUAUAUGGCCGGUCGCUCGGCAGAUCACAUGGCUGCUUCUAUCUCAAAAAUUAGGUCUUCUAAUCCUGCGCCCGUCACACCAUCAACUCUAAAGUUCCUGCAUCUAGACCUAGCAGAUUUAGCUAGUGUCAAAUCCGCGGCAGCUGAAUUCUCGCGACAAGAAACAAAAGUAAAUAUCCUCUGGAACAAUGCCGCCAUAGGUGGCGCACCAAACGGUACCGCCACAGCACAGAACCUCGAGGCCCAUGUUGGCACCAACUGUGUUGCUCCCCUCCUCUUCACCCAACUUCUCCUACCUCAACUCCGUAAUGCAGCCCAAUCCGCCCCAGAAGGUUCAGUCCGUGUAAUUUGGUCCGGUUCAGCCAUGGUUGACACUCAUUCUGUUCUGGGCGGCCUCAACUUCAAAUCUAUUGAAGAGCCGCAGACGACGGAUUCGAAUACCGAUUAUGCAGCCAGCAAAGUUGGGAACUGGUUCCUAGCCGUCGAAGCCGCGAAAGCGUGGUCGCCGUACGGUAUCGUUUCCGUCGUGCAGAACCCAGGGAAUCUAGACACCAAGGCAUAUCGAUACCAGUCCUGGUUCCUUGUGACAUUGCUGAAGUGGCUGGUGCUAUAUCCUCCGAAGUACGGAGCUUACACUCUCCUCUUCUCUGGAUUUAGUAUGGAAGUUAAGAGUGGAGAUUUUAUUUGGCCCUGGGGAAGGGUGGCGAGGAGUCCAAGGGAAGAUAUCCAUGAGGCUAUCAGGAAGGGAGCGAGUGAGAGGUUUUGGACUUGGUGUGAAGAGAAGGCAAAGUUGCAUGAUUAAGUCCGGCUGCAUAGGGUGCGGAAUGAGGAAUUACUUACAUUGUAAAUUAACAAGAGAUUCUUUCCUGAGGAAAAAC